AUGCAGCGUUCGGAAGUUGCCACCCAGUCUCAACAGCUCGCCGCGCUGGUUUCCACCGCCGCGCCAGAUGACAAAAAGAAACGCACCUUCGAAACCGGUGCAACGGAAUCUCCUCAAGAUCCGGACGUUAACGACCGCAUUACCGCGCGUAACGCUGCAAAUUCUCCGCUCCUUCGUCUUCCAGCGGAGCUCCGCGAUAUGAUAUACGGCCACGUUUUCGACAACAUUACCUACAACCUGUAUAUGCCGUACGGAGACUACCCAUUGUGCGAAAGCUCAUUCCAAGAGGCAGGCAUGGGGCUGGUUCUGGUAUCCCGUCAAAUCCAUGCCGAGACCGCCUCUCUUCCUUACGAGCUCAGCACAUUUAAUUUCCUGGUCUACGACGCCAGCAAGAGUCAAUGGAAGUCCGAUGUGAGCAAGUUCCUCGCUAAGCGUUCCGAAGAACAGACCAAAGCUAUGUCUUGUCUGACGCUACGCCGUUACGCCUGUGAAGAACAGGCAUUUGCGAUGGGGACUGGAUUGUACUGGGUCAAGAGGCUGAAGAUAAAGAAAUAG